AUGAAUAAGGAGUACAUGUCAUCGCAGAAUCAAGGCUCACCGCUGGGGGCGAAGACCGCGGUUGAUAGUGCUCCCCGUCGCCGGCGAUGGGCACCGAAGGUCCGAACAGGAUGUCUGACUUGCAAGAUCCGCCGAGUCAAAUGCGACGAGGCUAGACCGAGCUGCGGAAAGUGCCUGUCAACUGGACGCAAAUGCGAUGGCUAUGAGGACGAGGAGAAAGAACUUGACCUUGUUGACAGCACGAAUGCAAAAGCGGCCAACGGUCGUAGUAAAGGCCAUCAUCCAUAUAACGCAGUCAUCACACAACCGCGGCAACAAAAGGACACCAGCUCAACAAGGCUUUCGUCCUCGCCAUACUGCGUAUCAUGGAUACCGUUUUACGGUGGUGAGCUGGAGAAGAAAAACUUCGACUUCUUCCAGUCCGUAACGUCCUCCAGCCUAGCUGGUUUCCAUGGCAGCGAAUUCUGGGCCCGAGACACCCUGCAAGUUGCGCACCAGUAUCCCGCGUUAUUUCAUGCUAUCACUGCUUUUGGCAACAUACAUCACUGUUAUCUAAGCGAUGUUACACCAUGCGACAUCCCGCGCGCAACUGCCGAUAGCAGUGGCAUAGAGUUUGGUCUUCGAGAAUUCAACAAGGCCAUCAAGUGGAUGUAUAAGCUGAUUGCGCAGGAACAGAUUACUUUCCGAGACCAGCAGGCUAUUUUGACGACGUGCAUCCUGUUUACUUGCCUCAUCUUUGUUCGAGGCAUAUUUUGA